AUGGCGCUACGUAACCGCAUCAUUUCUCUGGUGGUGGUCAAAAAUUUCUACGGAAACCCCAUCAUCUUCAACCGAGAGACAGGCCCCUACUUCCCCGAAUCAAAGGACGAGCACCUGCCACCGUGCCUGUCUCGAGUCUGUCGCCAGCUCCGCGACGAGGUCCUCUCGAUCUACUACGGCGAGAAACUCUUUGGCGUACAUAUCCGCAGAAAUUCCCACGUCGUCGAGCAGGACCGUGCGCUUUCCGUCGCUGGCUUGACACGGUGGGAGGAAAACACGUGA